AUGUCAUCGUUAGGAUCUGAAAGAGUUUUGUCCAAAUCUCGCCGUCGUUUUACAACGGAUACACUUUUUCGUUUAAUAACUCAAAGUAAUCAAUAUGAUGAUAUUCGUUCAUCUUCUUUACAUGAUAAUGAAUCAAUAUCAUCCUAUACAAAUGGAUAUUUAUCUGAAUGUGAUCUUCGUCAUCUAUGGUCUCUUUUAUCACAAAUGAUUCGUAAACGUUUACUUAAACAUGAACCAUGUUUAUUACCUGAAUUAGGUGCAUUUGUUUUAAUUGAUCAUCCAUCAUUGGAUAAUAUUAAUAAUCCAAUAAAAGAACCAUUUUUUGUAUUAGAUACAACAUUUGCUCGUCGUCAUCGUUUAUCACGUAUUAAAAAACCAAAUUUAUCAUCAGCACUUUCACUUUCACUUCAAGCUAAUGGAAAUUCAACACAUAUUGAACCAAAUACAACAUUAUCAUCAUUUAAUAUGCAAACAUUAGAUUAUACAUCAUUACAAAAUGAAUCAGGUUUAACACGUGAACAAUUAAUGAUGGGUAUAUCACAAAUAUUUGCUAUGAUUGAUAAAGAAAUAAAUCCAUAUGGAUAUUGUUUUUUAGAAUUUCCUCAAUUAGGACAUUUUAAAAUUUCAUUUGGUUUGGGUACAUUUGAUUUUAGUGAGAUGUUUGUUGAAGAAUUUAAAGCAACAAUUAAUAAUACAAUAAACGACAAAUAA